UGAGAUUUAGGAAUAAGGCUGGCAGUAAAGACAGGGGUUCUGGGGAGCGCGUUCUGGUUGGAAAGCGAGAGAAGAUGCGCGGGGCAGAGAAGCGCGCUGAGACGCGGAGGCGUGUACGCCGCUAGCCAAUCGGAGCGCAGAUCCUCGGCGCGAGAGCGCACAUGUUUACAGCGCGCGCUCCGCCGGUCGAGGCUGCAGGCUCGGUGACGGAAGACCGGCACGGAACGGAACUGCACACGACUCGUUGCGGAUGCGAUGUGAUGUGGGCGACAGGAAUCAAGGCUGCUACUCGGAGCGAUGUGUGAAAUGCGUGCACAUUAGGCGUCCACACUGUGGUGUUCUUUAAUAUAGGAUCCGUCUCCGGUUUUGCGUUGUCCAGCCCGCUCCGAGGUGCGCGCCGUGCCGUGUUUUGUGCGCGUCUCCGCGAAGAAAACAAACACCCCCGAAUGGAAAAAAAAUAAUAAUAAUAUAGAGAUCCUUGCCGGUCGGGCUACCGAUAGAUCCGUGUGUCCGACCUGCACGCAGCACAUGCAGAUUUACUUUAAAUAAAUAUGCAUUUUUUUUUCAUUCUGAUUAAACUGUAGAGCGCGCGACUGUGACAGACAUGGCCGAAAAUGCAUCACCGGGCUCGUUACGCAUGUGCAGAGCUCGCUCCGGUGCGCUACUGCCUUAUUGAUUUCGACGUUUUUUUAUUCGUAAAGGACAAUAUUUAUAUAUUUUUUAUAUUUCUUUUGAGAUUUUAAAUCUUUCUUAAUCGGUGGAGUCAUGCACGCCCGGCGUCUGGUCAAGCGCUCACUAAUCGGAAGCCGCGUGUACGCGCCCGGAUCGGGAGCGGCGGUGGCUGCUGCCGGAGGGGAAGCGGGUGAGCGCGAGAACAGGGACGCGCCGGUGCCGAGCGGACACGCGGAGGACGAAGCUGUCAAGGGAGCGAGGAAGCCGAGCUUGAAGAGUUUGUGUAACGGCGGGCAGCGAGACGUGCCAGCACAGGGUCAUAACGGUGGCACGCAGAAAAGCGAGAACACAAACGGGGUGGAGGAUCUGCGGGCACCGGAGCACAGGCGAGGGGCCAUGGAGAAGGACAACACACGGUCGGUGUCCCUGCUUGAGCAAAAACGCAAGGUCGUGUCGUCCAGCAUAGACGUGCCACAUGCCAGGAAAUCAGACGAGGAGGUCGACAUGGACAAAGUAACUGCCGCCAUGGUGCUGACCAGCCUCUCCACAAGUCCUCUAGUGCGCAGUCCUCCUGUUAAAGUUACUGAGGGUCUGAAUGGCUCAUGGAAGGAUGGAGGAUUCACCCCAUCAAGUUACAGUAGCAGUGGCUUCUGGAGCUGGAGUGUGCCCAGUGACCAGUCCAACGCGUCCAACCCGUCCACUCCGUCUCCGCCGCUCUCGGCCGACAGUUUCAGACCGUUUCGCAUGUCCAGCCUGAACGGGCCGCAGGAUGACACUCUGGAUGAGCAGGAUGCUAGCAAUCUGCUGUUUGAUGAGCCCAUUCCCCGCAAACGCAAGAACUCCAUGAAGGUGAUGUUUAAGUGUCUGUGGAAGAACUGCGGCAAGGUUCUGAGUACUGCAGCGGGGAUCCAGAGACACAUCCGCACCGUCCACUUGGGGCGGAACUGCGACUCGGAGUGCAGUGAUGGAGAGGAGGAUUUCUAUUACACCGAGAUUAAGCUGAAUACAGACUCGGUGGCUGACGGCCUGAGCAGUCUGUCCCCUGCGUCUCCGUCUGUUCUGUCUCCUCCACCUGGUGCCGAACACAGGAGAACCGAAACCUCCAGCAGUACCAGCGGAGCCAAGAGCGAAAGCAGCAGCUCCACCCCUCUUAGUCGCUCCGCCCCCAGUGCACUCUACCUGGUGCACACUGACCACGCCUACCAGGCCACAGCUCCAGUCUCCAUCCCCUCCACCAGCUCAGCUCGCUUCACCCCCACCAGCAGCAGCAGCUUCAGCGUCUCCUGGCAGUCCCCACCCGUUACCUUUACCGGAACUCCAGCCUCUCCCACACACAAUCAGACGCAAGGCUUUAGUGAGCAGCGCCCUCAGACCACCACAGUGCUCUCGUCUCUACCCCGAGCCUCAGGCUCACUCAGCAGGAAGUCCCGAGGCGAGGGUAAGAAGUGCCGAAAGGUGUAUGGGAUGGAAAACAGAGACAUGUGGUGCACUGCGUGCCGCUGGAAGAAAGCCUGCCAGAGGUUUGUGGACUGAGCUAGGAAAAAUGAGUGGGGCUUCCUUCGCUUGCGAAACUUCUUCUGCUGCGCCUCCUGUACCACAAUUCCUACAAUCCUCCACUUCCUGGCCUGGACCCAGGAUCUGAAACAAUACUCUUCAAACAUUCCCAGUGCACUUGCCAAAAACUCGGAGAAAGGCGAGUAGUGCUAUAUUGCAAAAAAAUAAACCUUUUUUAAUCUUGGGCUGUAAAAUAUUCGUCUUGAAUGGACCAGAUACAUCACUGCCCAAGUUUUGUUUUCUAAAAAAAAAACAAAAAAACAAAAAAAAAAAACCACAUUGUGCUACAAAAUGAAGUACAGACUCAGAUCCUUGUUUUCCAUGAACGCUUUUCCACUUCUGCUUUUCAGCAGGGAUAAACAUUAGCGCUAACUGCCAGCCACACUCGAGACUGUCCACCCCUUUCGCUCAGAGAGACUGCGUGGUUGUGGUUGUGUGUUUAAUCAGGAGUGUGCCCCCUGGUGGAGGAAAAAAAACACAAAACACAAAAAACAAUCUUCCGUAUUGUCACAAGCAAUUAUACUCACAAGGGACAGGUUUUCUAUCUCUGUUUUAUACAUGUGUCAUUUCUUUCAGGGAUGACGCGUUCAGCGAAAGCAAAACCAGCAGCUAUGUUUAAAAGCCGACGAAGGUAUUCUUUAUUUUUUUCAUUGUUUUUUCCCUUUCUUUCAAGGAGACGUGUAGAUCGUAUCUACCUGCAACCAAAAAAAGGAUUUUCUGUGCCAUUCUUUUUGUUCUAGUUUAUGUUUUUUUUGUUCUCCAUUAUUCCACGAGUUCUAUGUUAAUAAACACCCCACGCAGCGGUGUCAAACCGAGCCACACUCACUCAGACGAGCCUGCGUCCAACAACUUUGUCCCUCGUUUGUUAAGUCGCCUGCAGAGCAUCGUCCAAACGCUUUAAGAGGCAGCGAGUUUACAGCCUCCUUCUGCACUCGUUUUUCCUGACCUCACAUGUUUUCAGUAGGAAGUAAUAAAAGGAUCGAGCACUUAUCCCUGUGUCAGCCCGGGGAGCUCAUGCAAGUGGGCACGAGCUGGAAGCACUCGAGUGUGUAUUGUUUGUUGUCUGUCCUUGAGAAGAUUGUGUAACUAUGCUGCACCGUGAACACAUAAGUAGGAAAUGGGAUUUUUGCUGAUGCAGGUGACGAAGACCGGACUGUGUUCGCAUCCUUCUGGGCUUCGUCGCCGUCAUGACUCCAGCAGUGAUGGACUUUUUAUGCAAGAAGUAAACAGCGGGCAGUUGUAAGUUUCUGGCACUGUUUUUGCCCCUUUUGAUGCAGUAUUGUAUAAAUAAGUAUCCAACACCGGUGCGUGAUCUCACACACACACACACACACAUACACACACACCCCUCAUCUUCUCAUUUAUUUUCUCCCAUCAGGACAUUUAUGUAUGUAAGUGUACGUUAAAUUUGAAAACACUGAGAAUUGUUUUAGCACUUCACAGAAACCAAAACACAAUUUACACAUGCUCGUUUCCUGCUUUUUGUGGAUCAGGAUGAGAUCCGGAUCAGGAUUAUUUACACAAGGUGUAAACCUGAGAUGCAUUUUAAACAGGAUUAAAUCUGAUUUCUCAAGAGAGAGAGAAUGUUCAGGAAAUGUUCAGCAGCUUCUUCAAAGACCAGUCCAGAAAUAACAACAACAAAAAAGCGUUCCUGCAAUGUUUCUCUCACAACACGAGCAAAAGUUUGUUAGCACGCUGCAAAUGUUGCUGCAAUGUGGUAGGGAUGUUUCAAAGUUCUCAGAACACCUGGAAUAACAGUGUGUAUGUGUUUAGAAAAUUCAGAAAACUAUAUAAGGCAAGUGUAAAAGAAAUUCCUAUCUCUAGGCCACAUUCGACAAUCAGGACACGUUUCAAAAUACUACGCCACAACACGACUGUGACCGCCGCUACGGGGUGUUCAUUAGACGAUACGAUGUACAACUCAAUAAGAAGGAUUUGAUACAAGAAUAUUGCCAUAACAAAUUAUCUUAUGUUGAUAUUUAAUGUAUUGAUCUAAUAUGAUCGGGUUCACCACUGAUCAGAUUCAUUACACGUCCAAUCCAAUAGGAUUUAGUUCAGUUACAUUUCGCGUGGCUUGAUAGGACCUCCCUCGCUCACUCUCUCUCUCUCUCUCUCUCUCUCUCACACUCACACACACACACACACACACACACACACACACACACACAUGCCUGAACCAGCGAGUGUACGUCUAUUGUCGUGUGCAUCCAUUUUUGACCGUGUUUUUUUAUUUUUCUUCUUUACAGUUAGAACAGGGUCAAUGCUUGUAAAUUAUAAAUUAUUUGGUUGAUAUACACCAAUCGAUCAUAACAUUAAAACCACCUGCCUGAUAUUGUAUAGUUCCACUUGUGCCACUUAAACAACUAAGUUGUCCUGGACCUCCCAAGUUUUCUGAAGGUGUGCUGUGGUGUCUGGCACUAAGACGUUAUGUCCUGUAAACUAAGAUGUAGAUGGACUUUUGUCACAGAUACUUGAUCAGACUAAGGUUUGAGGAAUUUGAAUGCAGAGUAUUGAGUAUAUAUUAAAUCCCACCCAUGUGAUUGGUGCCAUUGAAACAAGAUCAUUAAUGCUAUUCGUGUCACCUGACAGUGGUUUUAAUGUUAUGUCUGAUUCCCAAUAUGCUAAAUUUUUCUUUACACCCCUAUUGAAGUUGCCACUUUAACAGUAUUUCAAAAUUCAGUGUAAGACACGAGAAACAGCACAACAUGCUGCAGGUGUUUAGUGCGCUGAAUAAUGCCUGUUCCACCCAAUACAGUGAUCAGGUCUCAAAUCAUUUCACAUAUUUAAUACCAGAUGUAAAUGAGUACAUCUAAAAUCUUCUCAGGACACCAUCCAGGUACAAAGAAGCAUGAAAUGCCCAGGUGUAAAUGUGGAUAAAUAUGUGAAAAUCUCACAGAAUGUUAACUUUUUGUUUUCUUUUCCUAAAAUCCUUGUGCUCCCUUUUUUUUUUUUGUGAUGUUUCUACAGAGUACAAAGUACUUCAAGGUGAAAGAAACUGCCAUUAUAUGUCAUGUGAAGUUUAUAGUCUAUUAAAGAAAAUGUAGAAACGCUA